AUGCUAACCCCAUUAGAUCCCGGAAUAAAUUCUAACAAAAACUUUGAUUUUGAAGAAAGUAGAGCCAUGAGAGAGAGGAAUGCUCAGUUCGGAAAAUACACUCCACUGCGUCAACAAAAGAAUAGAGAAAAUGAAAAUCAGCCAAAUUAUGUGCCUCAGUCCAGGGAAAUCACAGACCCUAGAAAUAGAGAAAAUUUUCCACAUUUGAAUGGAACAGUAGAAAGCGAACCCAUAAAAUCUCAAAUUAUUGAAAAUCAAAAUAAAGACGUGAGAAUGAUUAAUUUAACAGAUAUCCGACCAAAUAAAUCCAAGAAUAAUCACGAUCCAGAGGAAGAUAAAAGGGUAGAAUUAUCACAGCAAACCUACAAUACAUCCGAAGAAUCAGGAUUCGAUAAGACACAAGAGCCUAAAUACAUAGAGAAAUUUCCGCGCAGUACACUAGAACAGGCUUCUAAUACUAGCGAUCUUGAGGGGAAAUAUCAGCCUAGUUCCUCAUCUCGCUCAAUAGAUUUAAGCAUGAAUACUAGGCCGAGAAGAGAGAAGAAAAAGCGGGGCCUUGAGAAUAAGCCAAAGUUCGAAGAUGAAAAACCCAAAAUAUUUGGUAAAGAUAAGGAUAAGGCUAGAAGAGAAGCAAAGUUUAGUCGGAGUGAAGACGAAGAGGUUGAAGCACAAAAAAAUCUAGAGCAAAAGUUAGAGCGUCAGCGAAUCAGGGCCGAGAAAAGAGCAGCGAGGAAGACUUCAAUAACUCCAUUACUUCUACCGCAAUAUAUAACAAUAGCGAAUCUUGCUGUUGCUAUGAGGAUUAGAUAUGAAGAACUUGCUACUAAGAUGAAAGAGCUGGGCUACGAAGAUACCCACUCAAAUGUAAUUUUAAACGCAGAGAACUCGACUCUUAUUGCAAUGGAGUAUAGUUUCGAGCCAAUGAUAGAAAGAGAUGACUCUGAAGAUUUGAAAGCGAGAGAACCUCAUCCAAACCCGUCAGAGCUACCUCGGAGACCACCUAUUGUCACAAUAAUGGGUCACGUUGACCAUGGAAAAACUACGCUUCUUGAUUUCUUGCGAAAGUCUUCAGUCGCAGCAAGUGAAUUCGGUGGAAUCACACAACAUAUUGGAGCCUUUUCUGUACCAAUGCCUGGCGGAAAAAUUAUAACAUUCCUCGACACCCCAGGUCAUGCAGCUUUUUUGAGCAUGCGUCAACGCGGUGCAAAUGUAACAGAUAUCGUUGUGCUAGUUGUUGCAUCAGACGAUAGCGUCAAACCUCAAACAAUUGAAGCUAUAAAUCAUGCUAAGGCAGCAGAUGUGCCCAUGAUUGUAGCGAUCAAUAAAAUUGACAAGCCAGAAAGCGAUCCUGAAAAGGUCAAACUUGACCUCGCACGAUAUGGAGUAGAAAUUGAGGAUUUCGGUGGGGAUACCCAGGUAGUUUGUGUAAGCGGAAAGACUGGGAAGGGUAUGACUGAGCUGGAGGAAACAAUUUCAGCGUUAUCGGAGAUUCUAGACUUACAAGCUGAAGCCACUGGUCCUGUCGAGGGGUGGGUACUGGAGGCAAGUAUUAAAACCCAAGGAAAGGUGGCAACCAUUCUUAUCCGACGCGGAACACUUCGAUCGGGUGAUAUUGUAGUGGCAGGAGAUACUUGGGCCAAAGUCCGCAUCUUGCGGAACGAAUUUGGUACAGAGCUUAUCGAAGCGGGCCCUGGAACUCCUGUCGAGGUCGAUGGUUGGCGAGAACAACCACUUGCUGGUGAUGAAGUACUACAGGCCGAGAAUGAAGCUAUAGCAAAGCGAGCAGUUGUCUAUCGAUUAGAGAAAAAGCAACUCGACAGACUUGCUUCUGAUAUUGAGGUAAUCAACGCCGUUCGAGACGAAACUCGAAAUCUCAGAAAACUUGUCAAGGCUGCUCGUGAUGAGGCAAUAGAAGAGAAGAACGCUGGAAAAGGCUGGAAAUUUGUUUCACCUCAGCGUCAGGAGAAGACGGAUGGACCCAAAAAGGUUCCUUUCGUGAUCAAGGCUGACGUUAGCGGCUCUCUAGAAGCAGUACUAGACCAGGUCAAUAUGCUUUGUUCAAAAGAGGUUGAACCCAACGUGAUAAGAUCUGGGGUUGGACCGGUAUCUGAGUUCGACGUUAGUCAUGCGUCUGCUGCGAGCGGAUAUAUAAUUAAUUUUAGCUCCGCUAUCGAACCACAUAUCGCCCGAUUAGCGGCUGAAUCAGGUGUAAAAAUCAUUGAUAGUAAAGUCAUCUAUGCCCUCAUCGAAGCAGUCAAGGCAGAGCUUAGCAAACUCCUCACACCAAUUGUGACGAAAACAGUAGUUGGUGAAGCAGAAAUAUCAAUGAUUUUCUCAAUCAAUGUCAAGAAUCGGAAACCAGAAAUAGUUGCUGGUUGUAAAGUUGUUAACGGCUCGAUCAAGAAAACUGGUAAGGUUCGUGUUCUACGCUCGGACGAUAUUAUUUUUGAUGGCGAACUGUCAUCGCUCAAGGUACUCAAAAGAAGUGUCUCAGAUGUAGAAAAAGGUAAUGAGUGUGGUAUAGUCUUCAAGGACUGGACGGAGUUCAAGCCUGGUGACCACAUCCAGCAAUACGAUGAGAUACAUCAAAAGCGCUACUUAUAA